UAAAAAGCCACUAUAACUGCCCAUGAACUAACACUGCCUUCCCCUCCCCUCUCUUCUUCCUCUCCUUCUCCUUCCCAUCGGCAUCCAUCCGUGAAGUACACGUGAACUAACAGCAGGAGUCCUCGCUAGCCAACUGGACUCUUCUCCCUUUCUCCUUCCAACAGCUGCUAACUUCUCAUUUGUCGAGGGUGGUGCCUUGGGCAAUGGUAGAGGAGGUGAUGCGGCUCUUCUCGGUCGUCACAGGAUGGCCGGGUGCCAGCGGAUUUGGGUCCGCCUCCACUGCCGAGCAGGUUACAGAGGGAACCGAUGCCAAGAAUCUCACCGUAAUUGUCACCGGGGGAGCAAGUGGAAUUGGGGAGGAAACUGCCCGAGUGUUGGCGCUUCGGGGGGCGCAUGUGAUCAUCGCUGCCAGGAACUUGGAGGCGGCGAACGCCACAAAGGAGAAGAUCGAGGGGGAAGAGCCGUCUGCUCGAGUGGACGUCGGCAAGCUUGACCUCAACUCCCUCAAGUCCGUCAGAGCCUUCGCCGACAACUUCCUCGCUCGCAACCUUCCGCUCAAUAUAUUGAUAAACAAUGCCGGUGUAAUGUUCUGUCCUUACCAGCAAUCUGAGGACGGAAUCGAAAUGCAGUUCGCAACAAACCAUCUUGGUCACUUCCUGCUGACGAAUCUUCUUCUCGACAAAAUGAAACAAACUGCAAGAGAAAGCGGCAUCGAAGGGCGGAUUGUCAACUUAUCGUCGAUAGCGCAUCUUCACACAUACGAGGAAGGGGUAAUGUUCGAUCAGAUCAAUGACCAGUCGAGAUACUCUGACAAGAAAGCGUAUGGGCAAUCCAAGUUAGCAAAUAUAUUACAUGCAAAAGAGCUUUCACGGCGUUUACAGGAGGAAGGUGCAAAUAUUACAGCAAAUGCUGUCCAUCCGGGCCUGAUAAUGACAAAUCUGAUGCGACACUCUGCCAUCUUAAUGAAAAUUGUGAAGUUAUUUACCUUUCUCUGGUGGAAGAAUGUCCCACAGGGAGCAGCCACAACAUGCUAUGUAGCAGUACAUCCAAGCCUGAAAGGAGUAACAGGAAAGUAUUUCACGGACUGUAAUGAGAUCACACCAAGUGCCUUUGCAAGAGAUGAAGCACUGGCCAGAAAGCUAUGGGAUUUCAGCAAUAAGCUGGUUAAAAAGUUAGGCCAGUAAGCUGAACUCGUCUCAGCACUUGUAAGGAAGUUAAAGCAGUGGUGCCAACCCAACUGUAGGGAAAAAAAAAAAAAAGGAAAUUGUGGAGCCUGAAGCAUGGAGAUAGAAUCAGAUAACCGUCUAAUCUGCUUCAAUAGAAUGUUGUUUCCUUUCAUUGUAAGCUUUUUAAUAAAAUUGUCACUUCUCUUUUGCCA